GCCCGGUGAGGGCGGUGGGGCCGGGCGGCCCGCAGGAGCGGCGCCGGAGAGCGGCGCGGCGGGGAGGAAAGGAGGGCAUUGACAGCAAGACAGCAGAAUGGAGACUAAGUGCCGUAGUCAGUCUGUGUUUUGCUCCAAGACAGCCAUCCAUACCUUUCUGCUAGGAGGGGUGUUUAUUGCACUGGGCUCAAGCCGAAUCCUCCUAAUGAAGUAUUCUGCUAAUGAAGAUAACAAAUAUGAUUACCUUCCUACAACUGUGAACAUAUGUUCUGAAGUAGUAAAACUGGUGCUGUGUGCGAUAUUGGCACUGUGGGUUAAGAAAAAAGAGGGUUGUUUGGAUCACCACUUUGAAUGUCUUUCAUGGAAGAAUUUUUGUAAUUCCAUGAAAUGGUCAAUUCCUGCCUUUCUUUACUUUUUGGAUAACUUGAUUGUCUUCUAUGUCCUGUCCUACCUCCAGCCUGCAAUGGCUGUACUGUUCUCAAAUUUUGUCAUUAUAACAACAGCUCUCCUCUUCAGAAUAGUGCUAAAGCGACAGCUCUCUUGGGUACAGUGGGCGUCUCUGGUGAUUUUAUUCCUGUCCAUCGUUGCCCUGACUCUGGGGACUGGAGGCCAUCAGCACAGCUUAGUUGCACAUGGAUUCCAUCACAACACGUUUUUUAGCCCAUCUAACCACUGUCUUCUCUAUCCUGGACCUGAGGAAACAUGCCCAGAAAAGGGCAACUGUGUAGCAUCAAGCUUCCUUCCCAGCUUUCAAUGGAAUGUCACCACUACCAUGGCAGGAGCAUUGAAACCUCUCCGCCUUAGUCUGGGCCAUCUGCUUAUCCUAGUGCAAUGUUUCAUUUCUGCUCUGGCUAACAUCUACAAUGAAAAGAUCUUGAAAGAUGGAGAUCAGCUUGCUGAAAGCAUCUUCUUGCAGAACAGUAAGCUGUAUGCAUUUGGGGUGAUGUUCAAUGGACUGAUGCUGGGGCUGCAGGCUAAGGACCGGAGGCAAGUAGGGAGCUGUGGUUUCUUUUAUGGGCACAACGUUUUCUCGGUGGCCCUUAUAUUUGUCACAGCUUUCUUGGGGCUGUCUGUAGCCUUCAUCUUGAAGUUUCGAGACAACAUGUUCCACGUUAUGACUGCUCAGGUCACCACUGUGAUCAUCACCACAGUGUCUUUCAUCAUCUUUGACUUCAGGCCUUCUCUAGAGUUUUUUUUGGAAGCUCCUAUAGUGCUUCUCUCCAUUUUCAUCUAUAACGCCAGUAAACCUCGAGGCCUGGAGUAUGCCACUCUGCGGGAAAGGGGUAAACUCUUCAAAGGAGACACAUGGGAGAGGUCAAGCGGGGAUGGAGAAGAAUUUGAAAGACUGAACAAACCAAGCAGUGACAUUGAUACAGAUGAAGAUUCACUUUAGCAUGGAGCUGGCUCAGAGGAGCGUUAUUUUUCAUAGUGAGAGAAUGUUAAUAUUUAUUUAACACACAGAAACAUCCUUUCUUCCCCACAUACAGAGCGAUGGAGAAUAUUUGUGGCUGCAUGUCAGAGGUGGAUGAGGAAAACAUUCAAACUCUUACUUUGAGCCAUGUGUAUGAAGAGCUAUAUUUCCUCUUUCCACUAAUCUUUUAUAUGAGGAGUUAAAAACACAUUGAAAUAAACAGGGUUUAAAACUGAUGUAGAGAAAAGAAGGCUUGGACCCUGGACUUUAUGGUCUGGGUGACAUACGCGGUUUUGUGGAGGGCAGUCCUGAAGGUGAGGUUGCAUCACCUUUUGAUAGCCGUCAGCCAAGCACUCCAUGCUUCAUGACUCUAUGUGGACAAAAUACAGUUGUGGAAAAAAUACCGUCGUGACCAAAAUGGGCCAAAGUGGGAGAGCCUCUAGUUCCAUGAAAUGCCCCUCUCGUACUUACACAAUGCUUUCAGAGGAAAAGCGUUACAUAAGCACAUAUUUCCAGGACUUUGAGUCAGAUGACAUCUUACUGCUUGUCUUUGGUUUCGUUGAGAGGUGAUUUCAGGAUUAAUUUCUCAUUGAAUGAUUUUACAGAACUCAAGAGGCUUAAGUGAUACGAUGCCUAACUGUAGUUGAGAUUUGUUUGUUUGCUAGUGUGCCUGACAUUGCAAACUGGAAGAAGAGCUUUCGUAAUGUUUAAAUAUGCAGGCUUCAAAUUUUUACCUGAUUCUUGUAGUUUCUCAGGUGAAACAGUUUCAUUCUUGCUCUCUCUUGAGUUGCAGUUUGCCCCUCAAUGUAUACAAGUGAUUUUUUUUGUAUUUCACUGCUACAAAAGUUUUUCUUUUAUUAUAUAGAAGUCCUUUGGAAGUAUACUUUACGCCAUCUUUACAUACAGAGUUUUAAACUUCUAUAAAAAAAAUUACAUCAGGUUAAGAGCCAACUUUUUUUUUUAAUAGACUUGUUUGUAAUCAAAUGAAAAUGUGAUCUAACGAACUUGUACUGUGAAUGCUCCUUGAAAAUAUAUUUUAGUAUUAUGGCUAUUUUAAGAGAUCACAGCAGUGAAAGUAAUUAGAAGCUGUAGAAUUACUUGGCCAGUCUGCAUUCUAGCAAUAAUGGAAGAAGCAAAUGGUGUGUGGGAGCAGUGAAAAGUACAUUAGAUUUGAAGCAGUAUUACUUGAACACCACCAGGACUCAUGGUUGUAACCCCAUGUCUUCCAUAGCUUUGGUGAGGCAUCCUGAGUCACUGCAACUUCCUGAAUGAAUUAGUUAGUAAAGCAGAAGUGAUAAAACUGUUCCCAACCUUGCAAGAGUGAUAUGAGGAUCGAUGAAAGUUUUUGCAGCAUCUUCAAAUGUGUAAAUGCUCCAGUAAGUCUUUUAUUUUUUAGUAAUUAAAAUGUUACUAAUAACUUUAUAAAUAUGAGGCAAAUUGAUUGUUUUAUGGCAUUUUGGCAGUUCAGAUUCAGACAACUAUAGCUGAGUUGAAUAAGAUUCCCUCUGAACCCAUCUCAACAAGCUUUCACUUGAGAAUGUAUAAUAAAUCAGGUAAUUUGGCUUAAGGAUACUUUGAUCUUUCAAACAGGCAGAUCUUUGGACUGCAGGUUUGGUCUGAAUGGUCUUAAUUCUGUCUUCAUCAGAAUUUUCAUCGGUGUAACUCUGUUCUAAGUUCCUCUGUACUAAGGCUCCUGUGGAGUCCUUUUCUUUCUGAUUUUCUUUGAUGUAACUGAAAGCAGAACAGAUUUCACUGACUUUAGCCACUAGCUCUCCUCAAAUUUUCAGUGUGAAACUGUUGUGUGCCUGUCUCCCAGUGUCUGGGAAACUGAAACAUGGAAUGCCUUUGUAGAAAGUGCUGAGUUUUACAUGCAACUUAUUUGGCAUUACUUUGAAAGAGCCUGAAUAAAAUAAAAGUAUAUUAUACAGUUUGAGGGCACCAUAGGCCUUUUUUUUCUUUUAAAAGGGCUGUGUGUAGAGAGUUCCCUGCACUGACAGCACUAUAUGAAAAAAAAUGUCAUGUAGCCGUUCUGAUGCCCUACAACUUCUGGAGCAUGAGCAAGAGGGUGCAGGUAGCAAUUUCAUUUGAUGAUGCUUCACCAAGUAAGACUGGUAGAGGUUUGCACCCAUUGUUGGAGGGGGGUCGGGGAUGGGGAAGAGAUGGGGAGAGAGAGCAUAUGUGCAAGAGAGAACUUUUGGCGGAGUGCCAGGUGCAGUGAUCUCAGAAUCAUUGAGACUUUUAAUGGAUUGACUUUUGAGUGAGAUGAAAAACAUGUUCCAAAUAAUGCAGAGAAUCUUGAGAAGGGGAAAGGGGAUGGGGAUGCAGAAAAAAGUUUCUUGAUACAUUCUUAAAACCUCUUCUCUCAGAAUAGUGGAAAAGAUGUUAGCUUAUUAUUUCCUCCAUUCAUGAAUGGAUUUUUUUUUUUUUUAGUGGAAAGAUGCUGUUGAAAGAAUUCUUAAGAGGAUACGUAAUGAGUUCAGUCUCAAAGCCUCAUACCACACUUUAUAGUAAUCCACUACUGAUGCAUUUUUCCAUGGGCUGAAGACAGUUCUGCCUCUGUUCCAGUUUGCCAUCCUGUUUCCAAGCCUUGUGUACUAACAGCUUGCUUAUGCAUACUGUGUUGGUGGCUUACAGUUAUUUUAAUUAAUGUGCCUCCUGUCACUGAUCCAUCAAGAUGGACAGCCUGUUUCCAGUUGUUGGCAAUGACUGUCAUCUUACAAACUAAGAAUGUAAAUUAUUUCUCUAAUUUCUCAUUUUUUUCCUGGAGUAUGAGGUUUUUCUAGCAUAUUUUUGAGAAGAAUUACACAAAAUGAAAUUACGGUUGUUGUUUAUAUGAGAUGACAUUGUAAGCAACGUUGAGCUGAAAAAUUUUACAAUUGAUCUCGUUGUGCUUGUAGAGUAGCUGAUUUCAACAGACAGAAUCCUAGUUGUUUGGAUCUGUACAGAAUGAUUAGGUAAGCAUAUCUGCAUAUAAAUUCCAGAAACAUGGUUUUUAUUGAUGUUUGAUGUCCUGUUUGGGGGAAAAAAUCUCAGUGCAGCAACCCCAGCAAUAACCCCCUCUCCAAACUGGUAAAGCCUUAACUGUGGUAAUACAUUUUCUUUUUCUUUCUUUCUUUUUUUUUUUCUUUUUCUUUUUUGCAUUACAUGCAACUUUACAAUAUAUACUUGGCUGAGUUCAUCUUUUGCGAUCAUAGUCACCAACUUUAGCAAAUACUUCCAAAAAGAGUGUAACGAACUGUUAGCUAUAGAUUGCUUUGCAUUUACAUGAGUGGUAGCUUUUUACAUCCACUUUUCCAGAGAGCUUUGUCUUGUGUAAAGUCAAAAUGUAGAAAUCAGGCUCAUACUUCUAAAGACCUGUCAUCAAACCAAUGCUGAGUGUCUUCAAAACAGUAUGUUUGGACCUUCCUGACUCAAAUAUCUGCCUAAAGAGAAAUGAGAGAUAGAAAAGACUGAUCUGCAAAUUUUAUAAAGUGUACCUAGUAUUUUUUUCAAUUCUUGUCCUGCUUACUGAUUUUGAGAUUGUUGAAUUUGCCAGAAAGGUUUCUCUUAAUAAUGAGAACUGUAUAUUCCCUUUUGCAAUAAUAUCAACAUUAAUUACUGUCUGAAAACGAGUAAGGAUUUGUAUCAACUGAGCAAUUAAAAAGUAUGUAAGUAAUGCAAAAAUAUACCCAUGCAAUUCAGUGCGCUCUACUGCCUAUGGAGAUAAUAAAAAGCACAUAUAUACAUAUAUAUACACACAUAAAUAAAAUCAGAUUUGUUAAAGGAAGUGAUUUUAAACUAUUGUCGGU